AUGGCUUCCUUAAAGCCAUACGUUUUAAUCCUGUGUAUUUCUCUAUUUACAUGUUUCGUUCACGCGGCCACCGUCACAUAUGACUUCAAUAUUACUUGGGUGACCAGCAAUCCAGAUGGAGCCUGUGAACGGCCAACAAUUGGAAUCAAUAACCAGUGGCCAAUUCCUGAGAUCAGAUCUAAGGUUGGUGAUCGGGUCGUUAUUCAUGUCAACAACCAGCUGGGGAAUCAGUCCACCUCCCUUCAUUUCCAUGGACUAUUCAUGAAUGGGACCGCCGAAAUGGACGGUGCGACAGCUGUGACUCAAUGCAAGAUACCACCUGGUGGCUCUUUCACCUAUAACUUUACGACUGAUCAACCGGGCACAUACUGGUACCAUUCUCAUGGCUAUGGCCAAUACCCAGAUGGCCUGCGCGGACCCAUGAUAAUUGAUGAUCCAAAGUCACCACAUGCUGAUAAAUGGGAUGAAGAGAUUGUACUUACUCUCUCAGAUUGGUAUCAUGAGCAAAUGCCCCCGUUGAUCAAACAUUUUAUCAGCUAUGCAAACCCCACAGGCGCCGAGCCUGUUCCUCAGUCCGCCUUGAUGGCCGAUACGCAGAAUUUGACUAUACCUGUAAAGCCAAGCAAGACUUAUUUCAUUCGGGCUAUUAAUAUAGCGGCGCUGGCGGCACAUUAUCUAUGGGUCGAGGGUCAUUCACUACGUGUUAUUGAAGUUGACGGCGUGUGGACUGAAGAGCAGGAAACGGAUAUGCUGUAUCUCGCCGCCGCUCAGAGAUAUGGUUUCCUUCUGACCACAAAGAAUGAGACCACGGACAACUUUGCUAUGGUCGGUAGUAUGGAUACAGACCUUUUUGACCAGAUUCCUCCCCAUUUGAACCCAAAUGUGACCUCGUGGCUCGUAUAUGAUGAUAAAAAGCCUCUUCCACAGCCCAAAACCGUCGACAAAUUUGCGCCUCUGGACGACUAUUCCCUAAAGCCUAGUGAUAAAAUGGAGUUACUCGAUCAUGUUGACCAUAGCAUCGUCCUUGACUUGAAGAUGGAUAACUUGGGAGACGGCGCAAACUACGCAUGGUUCAACAAUAUCACGUAUGUUAGUCCAAAGGUACCGUCACUAUAUACCGCACUCGACGCGCCUCGAGACGUGGCAACAAACCCCGUGAUAUACGGUGAAAACACAAACCCAUUUGUCCUCGAGCACAACGAAGUAGUCGAGAUUAUCCUAAACAACAAUGAUCCAGGGAAACAUCCCUUCCAUCUCCACGGACAUAACUUCCAGUUAGUCUACCGCUCUGAGGACGAGAAGGGCCCCUACAGCGCCGACCAAAUGGCCGAUUUGCCCCGAGUCCCCAUGAGACGGGACACAGUUCUUGUCAGGCCAAAUGGAAACAUGGUUCUUAGAUUCCGUGCCGAUAACCCUGGAGUUUGGAUAUUCCAUUGCCAUAUCGAGUGGCAUAUGGACAGCGGCCUGGUAGCCACGAUGGUCGAGGCGCCACUCGCCCUUCAGGACCAACGGAAGGAUGGGAUAAAAGCGCUGCCAGCGAACCACAUCGAUGCUUGCCGGUCCUCCAACACUCCAUAUCAUGGUAAUGCAGGGGGGAACACGGCCGACUUCUUGGACGUAUCUAAUAUGAACGGACCGCCCGCCCCGCCACUACCUGCUGGGUUUACUACCAAGGGCGUCGUAGCGUUGGUGUUUAGCACUAUUGCUGCAGCACUGGGCAUAGCAACCAUCGUCUGGUAUGGGCUGGGCGAAAUUAAAACGCCAGGGCCCAAUGGAGUCGGAGCCCCUGGAGUCCUGCAGUGA